GCACAAAUUGUUACAACAGAUAAAUCGGAUUUUAUUGUUAUCGAUCAACUUUAAGCGUCAAUUAUUCAGUUCAAUACAAAAUUUGUCAUAAAACACAACGAAAAAUGAAUUCUGUUUUAAUGGUUUCCAUCAUUUAUGCAUUCUUGCUCUCACAACAGUUUUACUUGGUGAAUUGUUCCAUAUCGCUGACCUAUUUAGAACAACCAGUGUACGACGAUGAAGAAAAUAUCAAGUUCUUUCCUCGAAUUGUUGGUGGAAAGAAAGCCAGAGAAGGUGAAGUUCGAAGCAUUGUUUCGUUACAAACAUAUAAAGGCGAUCAUGUUUGCGGUGCAACUUGGUUUCAAGAUGGGAAUCAAUCACAUAUUUUAACUGCGGCACAUUGCGUCGUGGAAAAUGGCGAAUAUCGUCCAAGCUAUUUGUUUCGAGUAAUGGGCGACGACCUAUCAAUUUCCAAAAAAUUUCCGGGUCCAAAUCGUCAAAUUCGAAAAGUACGGAGAAUAAUCGUCCAUCGAUUCUACAAUGGAAAAAAUCUAUUAAAUGACAUCGCAAUGAUAUUUCUGGCGAAGCCGUUCAUCCAAACGAACACGUUUGCCCCAAUUAAAUUAACGAGUGAAAAUGUAUACGAUUAUAAGCCGUGUGUCAUUGCUGGAUGGGGCCGAUUGCAAGAUAGUUCAAAUGCUCCUCCAUCGAUUCAUUUGAUGGUUGCGAAUGUAUCAGUGAUACCUCAGCGCAUUUGUAACGGAUCGAAUUCGUAUAAUGGCAAUGUUAGCAAAAAUGCAUUUUGCGCUGGCUCAACGAAAGGCGGUGAAAGUGUAGAUUCAUGUCAGGGAGACAGCGGCGGCGGUAUAUUUAGCAACAACUCUUUAAUUGGCAUUGUUUCUUUUGGUCAGGGGUGCGCAUUAAAAAAUUUUCCCGGUGUUUAUACAAACGUUUACAAAUACAAAGGAUGGAUUCGCGAAACAGCAAUUUCAUCAUCAGUAUUCAUUCAGCCGAAUAUGGUGAUGCUGGCCACGAUUUGCUCCGCAAUGCUUGCUAAAUUAUUUUUUUUUGUUUGAAUAAUUUUAUUCAAUAAAGAACAUGACAUAUUUAUCUCGAA